AAAAAGGAAAAAGAAGACUAACAAUAAGAAGAAGAAAAAGAAGAAGAAGAAGAAGAAGAAGAAGAAGAAGUAAAAUAAAAUUGAGAGAAUCAAAUAUGACGCGUAUGAUCGAUACAAAAGCCUAAGAAGAAUUGAUUCAAAGUAAUCGAUAAUAAAUAUCGAUAAUAUCGAAGCGGCCUCUCGCGUCAAAGUGAUACUGUGUGAAUUGUUCGUCUAAAUAAUCGCUGAAGAUGAUUAAAAAAUAUUAACAUUCAAGGCGGUUGUAAACCGUCAAUUUCAUAACAUAUUUUAAUCCCACGUCGACUUUUGCUUCCUCCUACGCCCCCUUCCUGAAACUUCACCGUCUCCCUUCUCUCUUUCUAUGAGAGAACGAGAGAGAAAGAGAGACGAGUUUGCGAUAUCGGGAGUUUAACAAAGAGGAGGUGGAAGCUCACGUUGAACCAGUCGACUUAUAUCUCGUGUGUUCAACGCAAUAGAGCGUGUAUAGUAUAAGGUGGGAGAUAAUAAAACUCGUAAAGUGAAUUCAGGGCCAAAAAUUAUUUGCCAGGUCCCUAUUCCCCUUUUUCCACCCACCUUCCCCUCCUCCUCUCCCCCGCCGCUCUCUUUGAGCUCGUAACAGAAGAGAAAAAUAAAAAGAGACAUUUUAAGAGAAACUAGAACGCCCUUUCGAAGUUUACCGAUCAAACUAUUCAAUCAGCAGUACCCCACGGUAUUCUUUCAUAAAGUUCGAUAUACCGCACCGGAUGCAUUCUUCAAUUUAAAGUGACAUUAACUAGAAAAGAGAUAUAUUCUAUGAGAAAUUGAGAACAUUGAAAUUAAAUUUAAGAGAAGUUACAGAAGACGAGCAGCACGUUUCGAGGACACAAAGAAGAAUAUAUAUUUGAAGUUUUUAUUAUCACGGAAAGACAAUUUCGGAAAGAAAUAAGAGUACAUAAUAGUAUUGUCUAUGAAACGUAUCUCUGUUCGAGCUAGAAGUCCUAAAUAUUUUACAGUGGAAAAAUAUAUGAUAGAUUCCACCUUUUUUCUUGGUCGACACAAAUUUAUUACAUCUUUGGGAAUAGAUUAGAUUUCUUACCUUUGCAUUUGAAACGUGCGGAGACGUAAUUCGUACAAUACGAGAACGCCUAAUAACAGAUAAACCAAUACGAUUCGAGAAUAAAAGUGAGUCUCUUUCUUGCGAUAUCGAGUAACGUAUUCAGCGAUCGUUGCUAAAAGGAAUUGAUGCUACAGUAAAUCAGAUAAGGUGAGAUAGGGCAAAAGAAAAAGAAAAACGAAAGAUUGCAGUGAGAGAAAGAUAGAGGAAGAAAGAGAGAGAGAGAGAGAGAGAGAGAGAGAGAGAGAGAGAGAGAGAGAUUUGGAAGACGUUGACCCUCAACAAAACGAGGAGAGCAAGCUUGGUUAAGUCGGCCCUGAAUGUUUUGACGCUGAGUGGUGCUAGGGUGUCGAGGUGGGGGGCACGUGGUCUUGCUGCCUGCCGUGCGCCGGCGGCGGCGGGGGUGGGGGUGGCGGUUCUGUCUCGGGGGCCACCCCCCAGUCCAAGACAGGUGUCGUCUUGACGUCGAGACAUUACCAACAAUAUCACCAUCAGCAUCAGCAGCAGCAACAACAUCAGUACCAACAACAUCAACACUUUCAACAACAUCAAUUGAAACAACAGCAAUUACAAUAUCAGCAACAGGACUCCGACGAGAAGAAAUCUUCCCAACAGAAAAAAGUUCUGGAUCAACAAAAAAUUCAACAGAAACAAACGACUUCCACGGUGGAUUCGAAAGAUCGUGCACCUCUUGGUGAACUUGAUGAAGAUCUCGACGAUUUCGAUGAUGAAGAGGAAAAGGAAUGCGAGCUGCGAACCGAAGAGGAAGAAUUCGGAAGAGAAGGUGGAACGCAACACCGAUUGAGCCCAAGAUUACACGACAUCGAAGAAGAGGACGAUGAGGAGGGUCGCAAUACACGUGAAAGGCCAUACCAGAAGAAAUCACCAACGCCGAGUGGCGGCGGAAGUGGUAGCAGAACGGGUUGGCGUUCUCGCAGGAGCGUCACAACAGCGGGUGCUCCAGGGCACCAACACCACGUGAUUGCCAGUGCUGCCGCUACGGCGCAGGCCAGAAUGCAGGCCGAGCAGGGGAGUAUCGGCGAGUUAAGGGGUUACCACAAUCUGCGAUCCCGUAGACAUACUUUGGCGAACGUUCGUUUCGACGUCGAAAAUGGAGCUUCAACGUUGGAUGGUGGAGCCGGUGGUGGUGGAGGAGCCUCGCCAAGUGCAGGGUUGGUUCUCCAAACGCUACCACAAAGAAGGGAGAGUUUUCUUUAUCGGAGUGACAGCGAUUUUGAGAUGUCACCGAAGUCGAUGUCUCGAAACAGUUCCAUUGCCAGUGAAAGGUUCAAAGAGACAGAGCUUCCUGUCGAGCGAGCGAUAUUUACCGAACAGUACAGUCAUGGCGAGGAUCUCAUUGUUACACCGUUCGCGCAAAUACUCGCUUCUCUUCGUGCGGUUCGGACCAAUUUCUUAUCACUCACGAAUGUCCCUCCCAACAGAUCACGAAGGAGUAGCGGGGCGCAGGGUAGUAGUACGCCACAGCCACGAAUCCUUGCACCCGGAGAAGAGACCUACAUAAAAUUGGCCGUGGAAACGAUGGAAGAAUUGGAUUGGUGUUUGGACCAACUGGAAACUAUUCAGACUCAUCGAUCCGUAUCCGAUAUGGCCUCCCUUAAGUUCAAGAGAAUGCUGAACAAGGAACUCCUCCAUUUUUCGGAAUCGUCCAAAUCCGGGAAUCAAAUAUCUGAAUAUAUCUGUAACACUUUCCUUGACAAACAGCAGGAACUCGAUUUGCCAUCUUUGCGGAUCGAAGAUGCGGUUGCAGCGGCCGGAAGUGUGGACGCACGUGCUGCCAAAAAGAAAGACAGAGUACAGAGAGGUCCAGCUUCUAUGUCGCAUAUUAGUGGCGUUAAAAGGCCACUUACGCACACAAACAGCUUUACGGGAGAACGAGUACCCCCUCAUGGAGUGGAGACCCCAUACGAGGAGGGACUUGGCAAGUUAUUGUCGGACAUCGAUAAAUGGGGUAUCGAUAUCUUCAGGAUAGGCGAGCUCAGUAAUAAUCGACCUCUAACCUGCGUCGCGUAUACGGCCUUCCAAAGUCGAGAUUUAUUGAAAUCGUUGGCGAUACCGCCGAAAAUCUUCGUUACCUUCAUGAUGACUCUCGAGGAUCAUUAUGUCAAGGAUAACCCCUUCCACAACAGUCUUCAUGCCGCCGAUGUGACCCAAUCCACCCACACACUACUCAACACACCCGCCCUCGAGUCUGUGUUUACGCCGUUGGAGAUUACAGCGGCUCUGUUUGCGGCCACAAUCCAUGAUGUUGAUCAUCCCGGGCUAACGAAUCAGUUCCUUAUCAAUUCGAGUUCUGAGCUCGCUUUGAUGUACAACGAUGAAUCCGUAUUAGAGAAUCACCACCUUGCGGUUGCGUUCAAGCUUCUGCAGAACGAAGGUUGCGACAUUUUCGUUAACAUGACGAAAAAGCAAAGGCAAACAUUGAGGAAGAUGGUAAUCGACAUGGUUCUCUCGACGGACAUGUCGAAACACAUGUCCCUGUUGGCCGAUUUAAAGACGAUGGUGGAAACGAAGAAAGUCGCUGGUUCUGGAGUAUUACUGUUAGACAAUUAUACGGAUCGCAUACAAGUCUUGGAAAAUCUCGUUCAUUGUGCGGACCUAUCGAAUCCAACUAAACCAUUGCCACUUUAUCGACGAUGGGUGAGCCUGUUGAUGGAGGAAUUCUUCCUGCAGGGUGAUCGAGAACGUGAACAGAACAUGGACAUCAGUCCGAUGUGCGAUAGGCAUAGCGCAACAAUCGAAAAGUCGCAGGUAGGCUUCAUCGAUUAUAUCGUGCAUCCUCUUUGGGAAACCUGGGCGGAUUUGGUGCAUCCUGAUGCUCAGGAAAUUUUGGAUACAUUGGAGGAGAACAGAGAUUGGUAUCAGUCAAUGAUUCCACCCUCACCGCCGUCCGACGAUCAACAACAACAACAACAGCAACAGCAAAGUGGAAACGAUCAAGAUAAGAAACAUUUUCAAAUGACUUUGGAAGAAGGUGACGAGAGCGGAGAAGCGUUGGAAAGUAAUGACGGUGAUGAUGGUGGUAAUGAUGUCGGCGGCGGCGGCGGUGACGGUGGCGGUGGUGGUGAAACAACAUUUUCAUGUGGGGACGCGGGCGGUGAUAACGAUGAUAACGCAGCGGAUGCUGGAAUGUGACGGAGGCUCGCCGGUAUCUGCAAGAAACUCCACGAGAAGGUUCAGCAGACUUGGUGGCGCGUGCGUCAGUGACACGAGCACGAGCAGGAUCCGCGUUGGCUUCAGGUCGCGGUGUUGCUCUGCUGUGAAAAGCGACGAUUAAGGAUCAUCAUCCUUGUGUACUUGGAAUUCUAAGUACGCUUCAAGCUGCCCAGACUGAUAACAUAGGGCUAGGCUUAGUCAUUUGCGACCAAAGAUGAUGCUUGGCCAAGACUGCGAAAUGCCAAAUUUCUUGGUACUGAAAGGAGGGGGGAGGAGGGGCUGGGGGGGGAGAAAAGGCAAGAAAGAAGAGUAAUAUAAUAAAAAAAGAAAAAGAAAAAUAAAAAAAAAAAAACAGAAAAAAUAACCAGCACUCUCCCCUCUCGUUGCUCGUCCAUUGUUUUUUUCUUGUCGUUGUCACCAACACUGGAAAAAGCAAUAGCAACAACAGCAGAAGCACCACCACUACCAAUACCACUACCACCACCACCAUCACCACCACCACCAACACAUCACCGCCGUUGUCUAUCGUCGCUCAAAGACUUAAUAUAACGUGAAGAUGAUAGCUCCUUAUUGACACAUCAUCCUAAAAAAAGCGAAAUGCUCUCUCUCUCUCUCUCUCCUCUCUCUUUCUUACUCCUCCUGUCUUUCUCUUUCUCUAUUUCCCUGUCUCUCGUACGCGAAAGUUACGGAUCGUUCGUGACUUUUCUUUUUGGGCUGGACUAAAAUGGAAGAAAAAGAUAAAGAAGAAGAUGAAGAUGAAGAAGAAGAGGAAGAAGAAGAAGAAGAAGAAGAAGAACGAUCUUCGAUCAACGGAAACGCGUUGGCGGCUGGUCCGAAACGCGCAGCGUUCGAAGGAAUACGAGAAACGACUUGUCCUAUACGAGUGAUUAUACAGUAUUGUCGCAUCACAUGCGAAGAAUAUUUUAUCCUCGUCGUUGUCGUCAUCGUCCUCGUCCUCCUCGUCGUAUAACUCUAUUAUCUUAUUUUUUUUUUUUGUUUACUUACUUCUUUGCCUUUUUAUCAUUUCGUUGUUGUUUCCCAUCGGUCUCGAUCGUACCGAGGAAAUAUUAUUUUGUAAAGCAACGUUUUUGCAUCUUGCCCUAUCUAUCUAUUUACCUAUCUAUCUAUCUAUCAAUCUCUAUCUAUCUAUCUAUUCCUAUCUCUAUCCCUAUUGAAGUUAAAGUAAUAAUAAAUAGAGGAGAUGAAUCUCUUUCAUAAUGUACCUGCGCAAAUUAAGCGAGAUUUUGUUUUUCACAAUUGGUCGACAAUCGGUCGAUGCUCUCGAAGAAGAAGAAAAAGAAGAAGAAGAAGAAAAUGAUAAUGAUGAGGAUAAGGAAAGAAGAAUAAGAAGAAGAAUAAAAUGAUGAUGAUGAUGAUAAUGAUGAAGUUAGAAAAGGAGUUUAUACUUGCUACGUGCUAUGCAUAAACCAAGGGCACUAAAACUUCGCUUGGGUAUAAGAUGCAGACAAAAAAUCGCACAGGAUCCUCAACGACAUAUCAAAAUAUUGAAUGGUACAAUAAUGGUGUACGAUUUUAUUCCGAUUGACUCGAGUUGGAUUUCGCGGGCUCGAUUAAUAUUGUAUUCGUAUAUUUAUCUAUAUAAUAUACAUAUAUAUAUAUAUAUAUCAUCUCUUUCUCUCUGUCUAAUACGAUCGAAACAAAUUGCAAAGCUUUUCCACGAAAGGGUUUGUUUAGAUGUGAUCAUCGAGAAAGAAAAAGAAAAAAAACAAAUACAUCCAAAAAUGCAAUAGUGUUGGAACUCAAAGUACAAAAUAAGAGAAAGAAAAAAAAGUAUUAAUGAACCAUAAAAAAGGAAAGAACCAUUGCUCGGUGCACACUUUUAUUGUAGCGCACACGAAAAAGUUAAUAAUAAUAAUAAAAAAAAAAAAAUAA